GGUAGAUGUUGGAGUUGCGCGCGCAGUUUUUUAGUUGGCUUCACUUUGAAACCCUUGCCUGUUCAUUCCUGCUCUGCUUUUUCGUUCAGUUUCGUGUUUCGGUAUCAACAAUCCACGUGUUGUGUAGGUUAUUAGCGGUGUGCUGUGCAAUUUAUUCACGUGUGUGUGUUUCAAGGUAGCAGUCAACAAUACAAACUACUUUAGCUGGAUGCUAAUUACGGAGUUUCAAGCAGGUGGUGGUUGAUAUAUUACAUUCCAGGAAAAAAUCGAUCAUAUAACAUGAGUUUAAGGCCGUCACGUGAUCCUGAUCUUCUUGAUUUAAUAAGAAGUCUAAAAGAGAUUCCCAGUUAUUGGGAUCCAUUACACCAAGAAUUACAGGAAGUUGAAUGGAGUGAUGCAAUAUUCAACAGCAAAUACCUUCUACCUAACCGAUACAAACAACGAGCAUCACAAAAUUGUGCCAUUUCAGCUGCGAGAUUCUUCCUCAAUUGGUACAUUGGCAGGUCAACAACUAAUGAACAUUUAUUAAACGCAUUUCUGGCAUUAGCUUCGUAUGCAAGAUACGAUGGUGUUCAUGUGAUAAGUGACAAGUGUUUCUCUGCAGAAGCUGCCGAAGGUAGAUGCUUCACAGACUUUCCAGAAGUCACUAAACUCACAACUGUCAGUGUCAGCUAUUCUACUGGAGCAAAACAUAUCCAGAUCAAACACUCACGGCAGCGAGUGGAUGCGAACACAACAAAAGACUGGUAUGACAAGUUAUGGAAUGUUAUUGAUGCUGAUCCUGGGCAAGAUAGGCAACAGGUCGCCAAAUUGAAUGAGGUGCUCAAUUAUUUGUUCUUUGUGUCAUUGAAUACAUUCAGGUUGUUGCAGAAACCUAUAGGUAGCCUAGAAAACCAUAUUCCUGCAUUUGUGACAGACAAGUUUGUCUAUUUUUGGUCUCCAACUUCGAAUCUCUUUUCUGAGCCUACCCCUCCACCCAUCAGCACAGGAGAGGGGACCAAUAAUUAUGGUUUCAAUCGCAACUUCAACAACUCAAUUACCUAUCUGGCAUGGCUUGUUGAGAGCUACAUCUCCCCAAAAUCCCAGCAUCGGCAGCUGGUGCAAGGCAUUCUGAACGCAGGUUGUCUUAUGACCUUUGCUGGAACAGGAAUCGGACUCAUCCAUUGGCUCAAGGAAGCUGCAAAAGCACAUUCCAUGUCCGAAGAGAUACUCAUUCAAUAUUUUGAAGUAGACAUCUUUCAAACUGCAGUUGAUGCCGUCAAAAAAUUUCUGCAAAAUGUGGACAAAAAGCAGCAGACCUGGCCAUGGGCUCGCAUCUUCUGUGAUGGUGCCUACUACAGUCUGUCCAUUCGCAAAUAUCCAGAUUUAGCAGUUGCCCUCGCCACCUGCAAGUCCAAUGCUCGCCAGACAGAUCCCAUGUGGAACUACGCACAAUUCAAGGAUGUUAAGAGAGGUAUAUCUUUUGAAAGGGACGUCGAGUAUGGAAGAUCGGUGUAUAAGCUCAUCUCCAAGAUAAACCGCCAAAAUCGAUAAUUGAUUUUUAAAUCUAUCAUCAAUUUUCGAUGUUUUGAAGAAGUGUCACCUUUGAACUGCAGUGAAUUGAGGUGUUUUUUUUAAGAAGUACUAAUGGUCUCAUUUGAAUAGGAAUGCUCAAUUUCUUAUUGGUAGAUUGUUUUUUUACAAAAAAUCUUGAUUUAUCAGUAAAGGGAUUUAAAUAUUUUUUUAAAGUAAUUGAAAAGAAGUACAAGAAAUUUGUUAGUUUCAAAUCAAAGGGAUUUUGAGAAUGUUUCAGUUAUUGAAUGCUUGAUUUUGGAAAAAAUUGCAAAACCUGUUGAGUAAGGAGAAUGAUCGAUCAAUAAUUGUGUCAUGGGAGGUCAUCUCUGAAGUUAAUCCCCAAUUAGUUUUUAAAGCAUUCCUCAAUUUAAUGUAAUGAAGAAGUGCAACCUUUGAGGUGCGGACGUGUUGUUCAAGAAUAUGGUCCUAUUUGAAGAGUUUUGUUCGAUUUUUGUUGUUAAAAUGUAUUCUAGAAAAAAUCGUUAUUUUCGCAGCAAUGUGAUUUUGACAAUGUUUCAGUCAUUUUAGGAGUUUUAUUUCAUUAAAAAUUAUGAUAUCUGUUCGAAAAGUUACUAUUGAUUAUUAUUAUUAUUAUUGUUUAAUUAUGCUUUAUAUGAUUUGAGAAUAUUUCCAAGAUUGAGGUGUUUGAUUUGAUAAGUUGGUUAUGAUUUGUAUGUUAGAUUUUUCAUCGGUAGAAGGUAUUCUAAUGGACAUUUUUCAAUUUUAUAUCAGAAGCUAUUUCAUUUUGAAAAUAUUGCAGUCAAAUUUAUAAUGAUCAUCAUUAUAAGAUUAAAAAAUAAAUGCAUUAUGAUUUGAAUUAUUAU